AUGGCAGACUAUGACGGAAAAGACGCGCCUGCUGAGCCAGUCUCAGACCAGGGGCAAUACGGACAAUAUGGAUACGUGAAAAAGAUUCUACGGUAUUCUAUUACCAGGCUGCCCACAUUAAUUCCGCCAAUGAACCCAGCGCCCAAUCCUUUCAAAGCGCUGGCCCUUCUCAACAGACAGCAAUGGCUUUUCUUCGGAGUUGCAUUCUUCGGCUGGACGUGGGAUUCAUUCGAUUUCUUCACCGUCUCACUAACUACCAGCGAAUUAGCAGCAGAGUUCGAUAAAUCCGUCACCGAAAUCACCUGGGGCAUAACCCUCGUCCUCAUGCUUCGAUCCGUGGGCGCUGUCAUUUUUGGAAUCGCGUCAGACAGAUGGGGUCGCAAAUGGCCCUUUAUCGUUAACAAUAUUCUGUUUAUCGUCCUCGAGCUGGGUACCGGUUUUUGCCAGACCUACAAACAGUUCCUGGCCUGUCGAGCUCUCUUCGGUAUUGCCAUGGGUGGCAUAUAUGGCAAUGCCGCAGCUACCGCCCUUGAAGAUUGUCCCUUGGAGGCACGUGGGAUUGUCUCUGGCAUACUUCAGCAGGGAUAUGCGUUUGGUUAUUUGCUGGCGACAGCAUUUUCGCGUGCCCUGGUUAAUACAACCUCGCAUAGAUGGAGACCGUUUUAUUGGUUUGCGGCAGCCGUUCCAGUGCUGAUCAUUCUGUAUCGUCUGUUUCUUCCCGAGACGGAGGCAUUCAGACGACGACAAGAAACUCGAGCUGAGAUGGGAGGCGUAACUUCGACUUUCUUUGAAGAGGGAAAGGUGGCUAUCAAGCGACACUGGCUCAUCCUGGCUUACCUUGUAUUACUGCUGGCUGGAUUCAACUUCAUGUCUCACGGAUCCCAGGACCUCUACCCGACCAUGCUCGAGAAACAAUACGACUUCUCCCAAGACGCCGUCACCAUAACCCAAGUCGUCGCUAAUCUUGGCGCCCUCUUUGGUGGCACGCUCUGCGGUUGGGCGAGUCAAAUCUUCGGCCGUCGCUUCACAAUCAUCGUGAUGAGCAUCAUAGGCGGCGCCCUCCUGUACCCCUACACUUUUGUGAAGUCUGAGCGCAUCAUGGCAGCAGCCUUCUUUGAGCAGUUCUGCGUUCAAGGUGCCUGGGGCACCAUACCGAUUCACAUGAUGGAACUAUCCCCCGACUCUAUCCGUACGUUUGCGGUGGGUUGCGCGUAUCAACUGGGAAAUCUUGCGUCCUCUGCUAGUUCGACGAUUGAGUCUACUAUUGGGGAGCGAUUCCCGCUGCUACCAAUUGAGGAGGCGUCGGAUCGAUACGAAUACGGAAAGGUGAUUUGCAUUUUCAUGGGGUGUGUAUAUGGAUAUGUGAUUUUGAUGACCCUGGUGGGACCAGAAAAACUAGGGCGACGGUUUGAUGCCGAGCUUGACGCAGAUAUGGUUGAGGUGGCGGCACAUCGGGACGCAAAGGCUGAAAGGGAUUCUGAAAAGGCCAUUACUCAAUAUUAG